CUAAAAUUCUGAUUUUAAAUCUUUUCGGGUUUCCUUUUGAGUUCAGUGAUGGAUGGUAAGGAAGAUAAAGCUAGCGAAGAAGAACAAGACGUCUCUCUCCAUUCUCCACCGCAAAGGGAUGGAGACUCUGCUGAGAUUCCAGAGGAAGAAGAGCUAUCAAGAAGAAGAAACCUUCGUGUGUUGGAUAUGUUAUCAUCAACAACACCUGAAGACACUGGAGAUGAUCUAUUCAGUUAUAACACAUCCUUAACAUCAAGCCCUAUUGCCAAAAAAGUCAACUUCUCUACUCUCUCCAGCCCUAGAAUCAGUGCAUCCCUUAGUCCUUCCUCUUCAAGAAACUUCACUAAUAACCUCAAGAAUCUCAUCCCAAAGCCAAACUUCAAAAACAAGAUCAGAAACAUCAAUGAAUUUGAUAUCGAGAAAGCUGCUGGUUUGGCCUUGGCUUCCACAAACAGAGACAGGUCAUCAUCAUCCACAUGGACUCUCUCUAAUAUUUUUACUCCAAGAAGGAACAAAACUGAGUCCUUGCCUAUUACCCCUAUUGUUCACUCCAAUCCUGGGUCCACUCACGGUAGAUAUGUUGUUGAUCCUGUUACUUCCUUGAAGAAGGCACCUCCAGUGACAUUUCACAGAUCACGCUCUGUUCCACCAUUUAACAAAGAUGGAAGCCUAAGGCGAUCAGGUGUUUUUCGAGUGAUUCCAACUCCAUACAUGUCACCAACAAGAAAUUUUUAUAAACGUAACGACACGAGUGUUGAUGGAGGAGAAGAUGUUCCUGAGGAAGAAGCUAUGUGCAGAAUCUGCCUUGUUGAAUUAGGAGAAGAUUCAGAAGCUUUUAAGAUGGAAUGUAUGUGUAGAGGUGAAUUAGCUCUUGCACAUAAAGAAUGUACUAUCAAAUGGUUCACCAUUAAAGGAAACAGUACAUGUGAUGUGUGUAAGCAAGAGGUUCAGAAUCUUCCUGUGACCCUUCUCCGCAUGGAAGAUUCUCAGGGUGAGGCUACCGAGACUUCUCACUACAGGCAAGAUGUUCCAGUUCUUGUUAUUGUAAGCAUGCUUGCAUACUUCUGUUUCCUCGAGCAGCUUCUGCUUACCAAAAUGAAAUCCAGCGCCAUUGCGAUAUCAUUACCAUUCUCUUGUAUUCUUGGUCUUCUUGCCUCGAUGAUUUCAACAACAAUGGUGGAGAAGCAAUAUGUUUGGAUUUACGGCACAGUUCAGUUCGGUCUUAUAGUUUGUUUCUCUCACAUUUUCUUUGAAUUGGUUCACUUGCAGCCGAUUGUGUCAAUCCUCGGAGCCACAAUGCUUGGGUUCGGACUCACCAUGAUUGGCACAACUGGUCUAGUUGAGUUUUUAAAAUGGAGGAGAAGGGAGAGAACAGCUGAAGAACCUCCAAGCAAUAGUCAGGAGGAUCCACCACCAGUUCAGACAGACCAGAGCAUCUCUGUAUCAGGAAACUGA